ACUCUAUGGCAUGCAAUCCUUGCUUUCGAGGAGCUGAAGAUGGCGUGGGAACAGAAGUGCAACGUGCCAAAGUGUGAGCUCUACCAGGUUGCACUUCAGAAGGGACUUGAUAAGGUUAAUAAGUACUAUCAGAAGAUGGACAAGAAACAUGUGUAUGUGCUUGCACUUGUUCUUCAUCCAUACUACAAACUAGAAUAUAUCAAGAUGACUUGGGGAGGACAUGAAGAGCAAGAACACGAGUGCACAGCCGGUAACCUUAAUGCUAAGGAUUGGCAUGAUGAGGCUUUGAAAGUUGUAGAGACCACUAUGGAAGACUACUGGAAAACUUGUCCCUCUACCACACAUCCAUUAGUGACUGCAUCGGUUGCCAGUACCUCCACAACUCCCUCUCAUAAUAUGACCACAGUAGAAUCUGCAUUCGACCGCCAUUGCCACUUGCUUCUUGAGCAGGCAACACUGGACCAUGAUGCCGGCUGGGCAGCAGAACUCCAGAGGUACCUCAAGGACAUGCCCAAUGUUUCGAAGAGCAUAGAUAUCAUUGACUGGUGGUCAGUAAGUGUACUCACACUUAUAUUUGUGUAUUCGACUAAUUAUUUCAUUUAG